AUGGCAUCCUUCUACAGUGAUUACUUUCCAAAAGAUCUGUUGUCUAGCCUAAGCGCAGAGGUUCUAUAUAUAAUACUGUCGUAUCUUCCAGCAAAGUCUUUGCUGAACGUAAGUGAAUGCAAUCGUCGACUGAGAGAUUUAUGUCAGAAUUGUAAUUCCCUCUGGAAACAUCUUUGCAAGGUAAGCCCUUUUCCGGUUUCCUGUGAGUCAAUGCUCGAGGAAGUUUCAGUGCCUUUCUUGCUUUCCCUCGAUGUUCAACUCAUUUUAUUCCGUUCUUCUCAGAAAAAUUAGUAAGCCCAGCACUUUAUCUUUAAGUUCGCUUGAUUGUAGACAGGGGGUACACUUUUUCUUUGCCAGUUUAUGCAGCUGGCAGAUGCCUGCUUUUGUUUGUGGUUCCAUAUGAAACAUUCUUUUUCCUAUAAAAAAAUAUAUAUGUUAUUUAUAUCUGAAGAUAGUUUUAAAAGUAAUUCAUGAUAUAGUACGAGAUGAAAGAUCAAAGAUAAUCCUUUCUUGAUAUGGUUUCCCACCUUUAUUAUGGCCAGCUCCUCGAUCCGAUGAUGACCACUUAUUUUAUGGGUCGCAUGAUGUGGAAUGUUACGAUGUAUAAUAAAUUUAUGAGUGGCUCAAGGAUUUGCUUAACCUAUGCAGCAAGCCUUGUAUAUAGGGCACAUGCCUUAAAUGAAUGUUAAUAUAGUGUUGAACUAUAAGUGGUUUCCAGGGACAAGGAAAGGCUCCCUAGAAAUACAUGUAGGAUGGGAUGCCCAUUGACAUACCAGUAUUUUAACAGAGCAAAGUUUGUGGAUAAUACGGCAGAGUUGCCAUGUUACUGCCUUUUCUGUGAAGAGGGUGGGAGGAGGGACAGUGCUGAGUAGUUACAACCUUGAACUUCAGAUCAGGAGGGUCACUUUCGAGCCUUGCCUUUGCAUUGUGUCCUUAGACAUUUUCACAGCCUAAAUGGACAAACAUUGUGCUUUUGAUCUUCCCUACCUGCUCCCAUUCUAAAAAUGGCCCGUCCCAAAAUGGCCCUCAACCUACUGCUGGGGUUAAACCUACGAUGGAGUAGCAUCCCAUCCAUGGAGGGAAUUGAACUAUUUUUAUACAAUACAUAAUUUAACAUAUGAUACAUUUUUGGUUCACAUUUCUGUUUCUCAAGGUAAUAAUAACGUUUCUGUUUCUUAAGGUAAUCGCUUAUUAAUAUAAUAAAGGUUCAUUUUGAAAAAUGUAUUGGAAAUAAAUAGAAAUGCCUAUAGGACCUAAAUAAAUGGUGAAUCACUUCACACCAUGGCAACCAAAUUAAAAAAGCUCCUGUCUGAUGGCCCACUUGGCUUGUAUGUGAUGCUUUACCCUUUAUGUGUUUCGACCUUUUAGGGGCAUUUUGGAUAAUGAAGCCAAAACAUGAAGUACACAAUGUGUUACUCAACUGAACUGUAAUUGAUGUAUCACCUAAUAUAUAAAUAGCCAGCGCCAGCUUAUUUGAUGUUUUUGAAUAUUUCAUUCCUCUUAGAGAUGCAAACAAACUUUAACCAUAAUUUAAUUCCCAAAACCCAAGUACAUGAAUUUAAGGUACCUUUUAGAGGAAAGUCAUGAUCACUGCUGAAAAAUUUUUAGAAUAGGAGUAGGUAGGGAAGAUCAGAAGCACAAUGUUUGUCCAUUUAGGCUGUGAAACCAGAAAACUUCCUUUACAAUAUUAAACUCAUUUGCUGGUUUCCUGUACUUUAUUUUGAUGAACAAAAUUACAGCAUUUAAUAAAAUAAUUUAGUUGACUAGGAUAGUUUUUUAAACACACUUUCUUCAUUUGAGUUCAAAUGUUGAGAAAGCCAUUAUUCUUACCGAAGUCUUAAGCUUUCAUUUCCUCCGAGUUCUACUUAAUAGUCAGAUUACAAGCUGUAAUCCCUUAGUAGGCAAAACAUAUUAGGAUUCCCUGAGAUUGUGCUUCUCUGGCCUAACUUUGAGUAAUUACGUUGUUUCAGAAUGGAAACAAUAUUUUAUUGCACCCUCUCUCUUUUCUCUGUAGACUCUUGUUUUCCUCCUUUCAUUCAUCCUAAAAGCCUACAGGUUUCAUCUUUCACAGAGCCUGCACUCACUAUUUUAUAGCCUGGGACCAGGCUCUGCAGUGGGGCAAAGAGGCAAAAAUAUUGGCAAGCAAAGCAAGUUGAGCAGGAGUCUGGGGAGGGGAAAGGGCGCUGUUUCUCCCUUGCUAGUCCACCACUUGACAAGCUGUUUUACCUCGUUUUUGCCUCUUUCCCUCACUAUGAUUUCUGGUCUAAGGCAAUAUUUUAAUGGUAAUGACCUUCAAUUGGUCAAAGGUACCUUCAAUUUUAAAUAAUAAUUUUAAAAAGUUUAGUAUAUAUGUUGUAGUUAAUUUCUUAUCUCAGGUAAUUUUUUUUUUCUUUUUUUUUUGGCAUGGUAAUGUAUGCUAAUGAAGUACAACAUAUAUCUUUUUGUGAUGAGUUUAGUAAUCAAAAAAUCCUUCAAAUUCCUGUCUCUUCAUACAUUGUAACUAAAAAAGAUAUACAUUGUACAUAAUGCAUUUUGAUGUAAAUUUUUUUGUGAGUUUCCAAAAGUACAGAUAAGCUGUUAAUGAGUUCUUUUCCCUGAAUAUUUUUUUAGAUUGAUUUUGAUGCUGAUUUGACAGUCAAAGGUUCCUUCCCAUCCUUCUAUAUUUUGUAUCAGCUAUUGUAUAAAUCACGUAUCAUACUUGAAGACACAGACUACAGUACCUUCAGUGGAUACCUACCUGACUGGCUGUAUUAUUGGAGUGCUCUCAGUACUAAACCACCUCUCCCUGGAUUUCGAAACUUGCCAGCUGGGAGAACAAAGAAAACAUGGGGUAGGAUUCGAGUUAAGAUUUAUAUUAUUUCUCUGCCUCUCAAAUCUGAUUUUGAAGCUCAAAAUAAUUUUAUUGGCAAAUGCUGUCCAGCCAAGUCAAUAGAAACACUAAGAGGGCCAUAGAAAGUAUCAGUAUUAAAUAGGUCAUGUUUAGCUUGUUGAGCUGCUUUCAAUAGGUAGGAAUACCAUGAGAGAUUUUGGAAUGAUUAGUGAUUUGCAAGCUCUUUAAGUCUUCUCCCAACAUCCCUAAGAAUAUUGACUUUUUAUUUUUAUUUUUUGUUUUUUAAUGGUCUAAUGCAUUUAUAAAAAAACCAAACAGGUAUCUGAAAUUAAAAGUAUUAUUUCAGUUAAAGUUAUGACGGCCUUAAAAUUCAUGUACAUGUAUGAUUAAGUUUUCUCUUGCAUUUUCAGUGAGGGCUAUAGCAGUGCACUCUUUGUUGUUGUAUUAUCCAUAUCCUAACUGAUUUAUUUUUUUUUUGUUAUUUGUCUCAAGGUCUCACUGAAGAGGACUUGACUAAUUAUCAGCUACAGUCUAGUAAGUCCAGAGAAAUCGUCAGGCUGGAACGAUAUUACAGCUGGACAGAUGGACUAGAAGCAGCUUUGUGUAAACACCAAAGUAGGCAAAGAUUCCAUGAAGUAGCUCUCAAACGAUGCAUGCGAAGUCAGAAACAAAUACACAAAACAUUUCCAAAGGCAUCUAGGAACCAACGGAAAAGGGCAUUUAAUAAAUUCCAGAAUGAACAUCGAAGCCUGAAAAAUAUUCUUUCCAAGCAAAAGGAAGGGUCUGGCGAGUUUUUGAGUUAUCAGAGUCCUCACAAAAUUGGGCAGGAUUAUAUUGAAGGUAGUAAUACAACAUUUAUUUUCUAUAUUUAAUACAGUGAAAUCUCUUUAACCCUUUGAUGACUGCUUUGGUCGUUUUCGUUCCAUAUGAAUGAACGAUGCAUAUUUUCUUUCCUGGACCCAUUAAGCUUUCUGUUUAAGCUAAUAAGUUGUGAAGCAACAACUUAAGCAAAGAUAGAUCCUUUGACUGAUACAUGUACCUCGUUUUCGAUAUUCUGACCAAUCCUAACAGAGCUACACUCACAAAAAAGUAACAUUUUGGAGAAAAAUCCACUUCCAAUUUUGGGUUUUCCUAUUACUCUUUGAACAUUAAGUUUGUCCCUUCCCUAAAAAGCUAACCAGCCCUCAUUCGCAAAAAAACCUUUGUGCAUGUGCGAAAUAUGCCCCUUUGGUUGCAAAACUCAUUUUUUAGCCAAUCAUAUGCUAAUUUUCUAAAAACCAGUCCAAAGAAAAGGAAUUGGUGAAAAAUGCGUUUUUUCGCUACUCGCUGGCUAUCACCAAAGAUUAAUGCAGACACCAGAGGCAAAAAGUUAGGUGUCAUUUUUUUUCUUCUGAGCCGCCUUUGUCACUAACCAUAAAAAAAAACAGACAUCUUUCUCAUAAAUUACAUGAACUUAAGUAUCCUUGGGACAAAGAGAACUGUUUAAAUAAUGUGUACUUUGUAGGUGACCAGUCGAUUCUUUAUGUGCAACCACCUCCCAUAUUUUUAAUAUGGUUACUUAAAAAGUGACCACUUUAUAUUCAAAACACAGUAAGUCUCCAAUUCAAAGUUUGAGUUGUAAGUUGGAACCGCUCGUGAACAACUCUAAUAUGCCUCUGUGAAGUGCCUAAAACAAAUUUCUUUUGUCUGUGUUCAUAUAAUUUUUAUGAUUCAAUGGGUAUUGAUGAUGUCUGUUUUCUUUCUUUUUGUAAUAAUACUGUUAUCAAAAAAUAGCCAAAAUGGGAUGGCUCUUGUAUCAACAUACUUUCAUAUUCUUUAGAGUUGGACAAUGUUCUGAUCAACUCCCUUGUCAAAGAAGCUCAUAUAAAAAUAAUUAUUCAUAUAUUUUCUAGGCUAUCUUCACAAGAGUGGUAUAAAACAACUGGAAAGUUACAUCGAGUUUGCGACGCAGCUUGAACAGGGGCUCGACAUAGCAGAGCUUACUAAAGACAUCCCUGAAUGUGUUCUUCUGGUUUAUGAAAAACUUUCGCCAACGGCGCACCAGCGAUUCAUUCAAGCUGAGGAAUUUCUAGAUGUUGCGAAAGAAUACUUAGAAAGAGUUAAACGUGUGUGGAGGUGGCAGAAUGAAAAUGGUACUGAAGUAAGGAAGACUUUCCGAGAUUGUCCUGUAGUAAAAGCUCAUCCAUCCUAUAGGUAA